AUGUGGAUCCAGGUCCGCACCAUCGACGGCUCCCAGACGCGCACCAUCGAGGACGUGUCUCGCAAAGCCACCAUCGAGGAGCUGCGCGAGCGGGUUUGGGCGCUGUUCGACGUGCGGCCCGAAUGCCAGCGCCUCUUUUUCCGGGGCAAGCAGUUGGAAGAUGGAUAUACUUUAUUUGACUAUGAUGUUGGACUGAAUGAUAUAAUUCAGCUACUAGCUCGCCCAGACUCUGAUCUUCCUAGCACAUCUAAACAGAGUGAUAUGCAGGCCAAACCCUGUUCUGAUAAUCCACCUAAAGUGAAGAAAGCAUCAAGGGUGAGAUCUUCCAGUCAGCUACCUACAUCAGCUCGUGAUUUGCUUAUUGAGCCUGACAUUGGAAUAUAUAAGGUAAAUGAAUUGGUGGAUGUCAGAGAUGUCACCUUUGGUUCCUGGUUUGAAGCACGUAUACAUAGUGUUACUAGAGCUUCUGAUGAACAUUCACGUGGCAAAACUCCGCUGAAGAAUGGCAGUUCUUAUAAAAGGACUAAUGGAAAUGUAAAUCAUAAUUCCAAAGAGAGCACAAAUAAAUUGGACAAUGUACCCUCUACGUCUAAUUCAGACUCUGUUGCUGCUGAUGAAGAUGUUGUUUAUCAUAUCGAGUAUGAUGAAUAUCCGGAAAGUGGUAUUGUAAAAGUAAAUUUGAAGGAUCUUCGACCACGCGCUAGAACCAUUUUGAAAUGGAAUGAACUGAAUAUCGGUGAUGUGGUAAUGGUUAAUUACAAUGCAGAAAUUCCUAGUAAUAGAGGACAUUGGUUUGAUGCAGAAAUUACUGAAUUGAAGACCAUUUCAAGGACCAAAAAAGAACUUCGUGCGACUGUUUUCUUGGGGGGUUCCGAAGGAAAAUUAAAUGACUGCCAGAUAAAAUUUGUAAAUGAAAUCUACAAGAUCGAGAAACCUGGGGCCCAUCCUCUAUCAUUGGCAGAUGGAAAGUUUUUAAGGAGAAAUGAACCUGAAUGUAACUUUUGUCGCGGAGACCCAGAUAAAAACUGCCGUGAUUGCUCCUGUCGUGAAUGUGGUGAAAAACGGGACCCAAGCAUGCAGCUUCUUUGUGAUGAAUGUAACCUGGCCUAUCAUAUUUACUGCCUGAACCCACCUUUGGAUAAGGUCCCUGAAGAGGAAUGGUAUUGUCCUUCCUGUAAAACUGAUUCCAGUGAAGUUGUAAAAGCUGGUGAAAAACUUAAGAUGAGUAAAAAGAAAGCAAAAAUGCCAUCAGCUAGUACCGAAAGCCGGAGAGACUGGGGCAGGGGAAUGGCCUGUGUUGGUCGCACUAAAGAAUGUACCAUUGUUCCUUCCAAUCAUUAUGGACCUAUUCCUGGGGUUCCAGUUGGAUCGACUUGGAGAUUUAGAGUUCAGGUCAGUGAAGCAGGUGUACAUAGGCCCCAUGUUGGUGGUAUUCAUGGUCGAAGUAAUGAUGGAGCUUAUUCUCUUGUCCUGGCUGGUGGAUUUGCAGAUGAAGUAGACCGAGGUGAUGAGUUCACAUACACUGGGAGUGGUGGUAAAAACCUGGCCGGUAAUAAAAGAAUUGGUUCACCAUCAGCUGAUCAGACAUUAACAAAUAUGAACAGGGCAUUGGCCCUAAACUGUGAUGCUCCAUUGGAUGAUAAAGUUGGAGCAGAAUCUCGGAAUUGGAGAGCUGGUAAGCCAGUCAGAGUGAUACGCAGUUUUAAAGGGAGGAAGAUCAGCAAAUAUGCUCCUGAAGAAGGCAACAGAUAUGAUGGCAUUUAUAAGGUGGUGAAAUACUGGCCAGAGAAAUCAACAAGCCAUGGAUUCUUGGUUUGGCGUUAUCUUUUAAGAAGAGAUGAUGAUGAACCUGCUCCUUGGACCUCAGAAGGAAUAGAACGGUCAAGGAGAUUAUGCCUACGUUUACAGUAUCCAGUAGGUUACCCUUCGGAUAAGGAAGGGAAGAAGACUAAAGGACAGUCAAAGAAGGCAGGGGAAACCUCCAAAAGGCCAGUUCCAGAUGAUGAUGCUUGUGCAAGUGCCUCCAAGGUGUACAAAGCAGAUUCAGCAGAAGCAGUUGAGGCUUUCAAACUAACCCCUGAACAACAGCAUCUAAUUAGAGAAGAUCAUCAAAACCAGAAGCUAUGGGAUGAAGUGCUUGCACAUCUUGUGGAAGGACCAAAUUUUCUGAAAAAAUUGGAACAGUCCUUUAUGUGUGUCUGCUGCCAGGAGCUAGUUUACCAGCCUGUAACAACAGAUUGCCUCCACAAUGUCUGUAAAGAUUGUUUGCAGCGUUCCUUUAAGGCUCAAGUUUUCUCCUGCCCUGCUUGCCGGCAUGAUCUUGGCCAGAAUUACAUCAUGAUUCCCAAUGAGAGUCUGCAGACUCUACUUGACCUUUUCUUUCCUGGCUACAGCAAAGGACGAUGA